ACAAGCUUGUAGGUGUUGAUGGGUAUUUUCUUAUAGGACAUUUUAUUUCUCAGGGGACCAUGAGACAAGUCACCACCAACCCCAUUAUCCAUGUCCCUUGGUACAGUUCAAGAGGUGGGGUUCUAUUUUAGUGCCCUGGUUGUGGAAUGUCCAGUUGUCAUUGAAGAACACAAAGGGCACAGAUUGGUCUGCAAGUUCCUCAAGUACCCUCUAACUCUGUAUUUAGUUUCUCUAGGACUGAAACUCUCCUGUCCCCUAUCGUCUGUUCACCACUGAUUGUCCCCUCACCAGCUUCUCAGGGCAGCUACUGAACCAUGGACGGCGUGGCAAUAUUCGACUCACCUGGAAAGGGGAGAGGUCUGAAGGCUACCAAGGAGUUUUGGGCUGGAGAUGUCAUCUUUUCUGAGCCAAGUAUCUCAGCUGUUGUGUUUGACAGUUUAGCGGAGCGUGUUUGCCACAGCUGUUUCCGCAGACAGGACAAGCUACAGAGGUGCGGCCAAUGCAAGUUUGCUCAAUAUUGUGACCGAACCUGCCAGCGUGCCGGCUGGGCUGAACACAAGCUUGAAUGUUCUUCCAUCAAAGCUUAUGGCAAAGUACCCAACGAGAACAUCCGUUUGGCGGCUCGAAUCAUGUGGCGCCUUGACAAGGAGGGGAGCGUGAUGUCUGACAUGCAGCUGACCACAUUGGAGGAGCUGGAGGACCAUGUUGCUGACAUGCAGGAGGAUGACCUGAAGGAGUUCAAAGUGGACAUCCACAACUUCCUGGACUACUGGCCUCGAACCAGCAAGCAGCACACGAUUGAUGACAUCUCACAUAUUUUUGGAGUGGUUAACUGUAAUGGUUUUACUGUGAGCGACCAGAGGGGCCUUCAGGCUGUUGGAGUUGGCCUUUUCCCAAACUUGUGUCUUGUGAAUCAUGACUGCUGGCCAAACUGUACUGUGAUCCUCAACCACGGCAAGAUCGAGCUGCGCUCCCUGGGUAAAAUCUCAGAGGGAGAGGAGCUGACAGUCUCGUAUGUGGACUUCCUGAAUUUGUCAGAGGAGAGACAAAGACUGCUGAAAUCACAAUACUUCUUUGACUGCACGUGUGAGCACUGCAAGAACCGAAUCAAAGAUGACCUUAAGAUGGGUGGGAGGGAGGUGGACGGAGUCAAGCCCUCAGAGGAAGAGGUGAAAGAGGCAACAGAUUAUUGCUAUCAAAUGCUGGAGAAGAUGGACCAGGCUCGACUUAAGGGUGACUACCAUGAGGUGGUAAAAAUCUGCAGGGAUUGCAUAGCGAAAGCAGAGCCAGUUUUGGCUGACACUCACAUCUACCUGCUGAGGAUUUGGAGCACAAUGAGUGAGGUACAAGCUUACCUGCAGUACUUCAACGACGCUUCAGAAUACUCCCGCAAAAUGGUGGAUGGAUACUUGAAACUGUACAACCCAAACAAUGCUGCUCUGGGUAUGGCUGCCAUGAGAGCAGGAGUGACUCACUGGCAGGCCGGGGAAAUCGAGGUUGGCCAUGGAAUGGUCUGCAAGGCCUAUGCUAUUCUCAUGAUCACCCAUGGCCCAACACAUCCUAUCACCAAGGACCUGGAGUCGAUGCGUAUGCAGACGGAGAUGGAGCUGAGGAUGUUCAAACAGAACGAGUAUGUUUACCAGAGUAUGAGAGAGGCGGCUCUGAAGAACAAACCGAUGGCCAUGAUGCACCAGCCAACGUCUGUGGAGGAAGGCAUCAAGAACAUGUUCCACCGGAAGAAGUAAUCCCAGGACUACAGUAGUUUAAAAACAUCAAGAAAACCCUUCAAUUGUUUACAGUCAGUAGAUCUGUGUUGGUGUGUGAGUCUAAUCAUUUAGUCACAUGGUCAUUGUAUCGCUCACUUUUGUAGCUACACUUUUCAUUAAAAAGAUGUCACAUCAAA